UACAGUAUUCACGGAUUGUGGCCUAGCCGUAAGACUGGUCCAAUGGGUCCAUUCUUCUGUGGAGGAAACUUUGUUUACAGCCAAAUUCAAGAUUUAUUGUCAGACAUGAACCAAUAUUGGACUGACUACAAGAAUGAAAUUCCAUCCUUCUGGAGCCACGAAUAUGAAAAGCACGGUACAUGUGCUGCUUCCUUGCCAUCUCUCAACUCUGAAUACAAGUUCUUCAAGGCUACUCUUGAUUUGAGAAAGAGCAUGAAUAUUCUCCCAUCAUUUGCUGCUGCCGGUAUUGUCCCAAGCGAUGGUCAAUCAUACCAUAUUAAUCAAUUGAAGAGUGCUAUGAAUUCUGCUGGUUAUGGUACUCCUGCAUUCUCUUGUUUCCACGGUGAAGAACACAUUACUGAAUUGAGAUUCUGUACUGACAAGAAUUUGAAGUUCAUUGAUUGUCCAAUUAGAGACCAAUGUCACGAUUUGGUUAUGUUGGAUGCUAUUCACUAUUAA